AUGGAAGAGAAGCGGUUGAUGGCAGGGCUCGUGGAGCCGACCGUGGAGCGGCGUCCCUACGCGUCGUCGACCGUACGGCGGCGGCUACGGCUGCGCUUCGGCUAUGUGGCCGCGCUGAUUUUGAUCGGGCUGACAGUGGUCAUGUUCUUACAGCCAGAACCCCUGCUCGAGGUGUCAACCUGGAGCCCUUUGGCGACGAAGGAGCUGGUGUGGCAGGCGAAGACACCAAUCAGCAAGCUGGACCCGAAGCCUGACGCGUCGCGGCCGGUGCACACCAGCGGUCGUCUAGUGCCAUUAGAGGCACAUAUUAUGAGCAAGUGCCCGGAUGCGCUGAUCUACCUUGGAUUCACAUUAUGUAUCUCGCGUGAGUAUGACCGGAUUCCGGACCGCGAGCUGAUCGAGGGCUGCGCGUUGGAGCAUGCCGUCGAUUUCGCAGCGCUUAACGAGUGCGCAACGCGGGACGACGGGCAGUAUGCGAUGAACCUGCUGCGGGACAGCGUGCAGCACACGGCGGCGGCGGGCGUAACGAAGAGCUGCACGGUGCGGUUAGACAGCAAGAUAUACUGCAUCCGCGACGACGGCGAGUGGAAGGACUGCCCGUCGGGGCCGGGUGUGCACGAUCUAAUUGUCAACGUGGAGAAGCUGUACCGGAGAAACUGA